AUGAAUGAAGACGAUAAAGAGAUCAGUCGAUCAAGCAUAUCGACGCCAACAACACCACUAAGGCGUUCCAGUAUUUCCGGAGACAAUGACCAACAUCAACUCAUAACAACAAACUCCGAACCAAGAUUUAGAUCAUUUGAAUUCUUACGUUCGCGACUACGUCUUCCACCACCCAGAUUUCCAGAAUCAAUAAAACGGAAUAGUAGAAGACAAAGCUCAUCAUCACGUCCACAAUCAAGAAGUCGAUCAAGACCAACUACUCCUAAAGUAACUUCUCCCAUGAGAUCUCCAAAUCGCAGAAGAUCUAACUCCAGCAGACGCGUCUCAGUAACCCCUACGAGAAUACGAAGUGAGAAGAAAAGACGGAGAUCAUCGAUAGCAUUUACUGAAAAAGGUGAGAAAUUGUAUGGUCCUGAGUAUCAAGGUCCAAUUACAAUUGACUUUUUGAAGUUUUAUUGUAAAGUUAUAAAAGAGAAUAAGAAACAGCGACUACAACAAACCCAACCACAACAAGAAAUACUAGAACCAUCCGUAGGAUAUAUACUGCAAACACCGACAUCUACCAAAGUUGACAAUAUCACGAUAGGCAGUACCCAAUUUGAAGGAAUAAGUAGAACAACCAUUCAAGAUCCAUUUUUGGAUACCACAAGCACGAUUGAGAAAUCCAGACAGUUGGCAUUAUCAGACAAUCUCACUAUUAAAACUGUUACUCUGCCUUCGCAAGAGUUUAAUGAUUCAUUACCUAUACCGUCUGAUACUGAAAAUUUAUUAAAAUCACCUCAGACACUACCACCAGUCAUUCAAGCCAGGACACCCGAUAAAUCCGAGCCUACCAUGAAACCACCACCUAAAGCAUUAUCAUAUCUUCAAAAGAUUUUAGCAAAUAAAGCUAAACAGGUUCCAAACCAAGACACAAAUGUAACUAAGGAGAAGACGAUCCUUCCCAGUGAACGCCUGUUGGGAGAAUUUGAUAAGAGUCUAGAAGCAGCUCGUAAAUUGUCUAUGGGUAAUAUAUCACUGGUUCAAUCAGACCUCGAAACAACCACUGACAUUAGUGAGAAAUAUCCACGUUUCGCUGUUUCAGAUUUUGAAAUUGAUCUUCCACUGGAUAUGGGAGAGUUUGAACCAACUACUGAUGUGCAAAGUGUGACUCGAUUGGAUAUGGGAGAUUUUGAACCGACAACCGACGCUCAAAGUGUGACUCGAUUAGAUAUGGGAGAUUUUGAACCAACGACUGACGCGCAAAGUGAGACCCGAUUGGAUAUGGGUAUUGAGACGGAUAUUGGAUCCGAUAGAGAAGUAUUCGCCACGCCAGGACCCGCGACAACUGAUAUUGAUGAUAUAACUGGGUUAGAACAAUGGAUGAAACCAACUGAAGUAGAUUUGAAUGAACCUGUUCAGGGCGAAAACUCGACCUUGGGAUUUACUGAUUUGAGAAUUGAUGAGAGGGAUGAUUUGCAAACACCCAAGCUUUACCUAAUACACGACCUACUUUAUGUACUGCUUCUUUCACUUCUCAUAACAGGACAAGAACGAGGACAUGAUGAGAGGGAACAAGUGAGAGAUAACUAUUUCGAAGAUCAAUUAUUCAUGCCUAGCGCUACUCCUUCACCUCGACAGUUUAUCACAGAUGGUGAUCUGUUUGGUAAGGAGUUAUCAUUCCUAGAAUCAAACCUCCCCUUGCGUUCGCGACGUUCUACAAGCAACCUUCCAAGAAUUAGAAACAAUCAACCCAAUCUCAGGCUUACUCGAGCUAGACCAACCAGAAAUGUAGACUUCGGUUAUAAACCUGUCAAUGAUCUCGUGAAAACCAUUAGAGCACAUCAGUUUAGUUCUAACCCCAAACAAAAACAAUGGAAACCUUCAAUAACUGUAGAUUCCUCCUAUGUGAAAUUUAUCCAACUGAAAGCUGACGAUUUUUUAACAAGUAUGAUGACUGAUUUGGAUGCAUAUGCGAGACAUCGCGUUGGUUCAAGUAGAAAUCCUGAAAUUGGGAUUGAGGAUGUGAUGUUAUAUUUGAGACGAAUUAAGUUUGCUGAAAAAGAUGAUCUGAAGGAAAUGGAGAUUGAUAAGGUUAUGAAGUUUGCUCAUGAUUUUUGGCCGCUUGAGUCGUUGAUUCAAUUGGAUAAUAGUUUACGUGAUAAGCUUUUGAAACCAUCUCGGGGUGACGAGUAG